GUGUAUGGAGGAAGCUCUCCAGCGCUCACAGGACCACAGUCACUCCCCUGACCUGAAGGUCUCCAUAUUGCUGGACUACACCCGCGGAUCACGAGGGCAGAUCAACUCGAGGACCAUGCUGCUGCCGCUGCUGCAGCGCUUCACCUCUCAGAUGCGCGUCUCUCUGUACCACACGCCGGACCUGAGGGGGCUGCUGCGGCUGCUCGUCCCCCAGCGCUUCAACGAGACCAUCGGCGUCCAGCACAUCAAAGUGUACCUGUUCGACGACAGCAUCAUCAUCAGCGGGGCCAACCUGAGUGACUCGUACUUCACCAACAGACAGGACCGCUACGUGCUGCUGGAGAACUGCAGGGAGGUCGCUGACUUCUUCUCCGACCUGGUGGAGGCCGUGGGGGACGUUUCCCUGCAACUGCGGCCCGACGACUCAGUCACCAUGCUGGAGGGCAUGGUGCACCCGUACAAAGACAACAGACAGGAUUUCUCAGCGGCAGCGAGGGCACGCAUCAUGGAGGUCAUGAACACGGCACACACGAAGCAGCGGCUCCUGAACCGGUCAGAGGACUCCGAGGACGAGGGGAUGAGCGAGGGGGAGGAGGACACGUGGGUGUUCCCUCUGGUGCAGAUGAAACCUCUGGGCAUCCAGGUGGACGAGCAGGUCACACAGCGUUUGCUGACAGACGCGGGGCCGGACUCCACCGUUUUCCUAACGUCGGGCUACUUCAACCUGACGCGGGCGUACAUGCGGCUGGUGCUCGGAGCCGGGACCAACUAUCGCAUCCUAACCGCCUCCCCCGAGGUUAACGGCUUCUUUGGGGCCAAGGGCGUCGCCGGAGCGAUCCCCGCCGCGUACGUCCACAUCGCCAGGCAGUUUUACAACCAGGUGUGCCAGCUGGGCCAACAGGAGAGGGUUCACCUGCACGAGUACCACAGGCCUCAGUGGACGUUCCACGCCAAAGGUCUGUGGUAUUACCUCCAGGGGCAGGAUCGGCCCUGCCUCACUCUAAUUGGCUCCCCCAAUUUCGGUUACCGCUCAGUUCACCGUGACCUGGAGGCCCAAAUCGCCAUAGUAACAGAGAAUGAGGAGCUGCAGAGCCAGCUGCAGGAGGAGCAGGAGACGUUGUAUCAGCGCUCCAGCGAGGUGUCCAGCUCCACGUUCGAGCGGCCGGACCGCCACGUCAAGCUGUGGGUGAAACUCGUCACCCCCCUCAUCAAGAAUUUCUUCUGAGACGCCAUCAGGUGCAAACACACACAC